UUGUAAAAUGAGAAUGUCUAUUUUCUUGCUGCUUUUCUUGAGAGGCUUACGGUUUUCUGAAAUACAUGCCAGUCAAGAUUUGGCAGAACCUCCUAGGGAUUGGAUAGUUGGCGGAGUUAAAGCGCUUCCGCAUGAGUACCCUCCGGCCGCUCGUCUUGGUCAUCGUAGUUAUACUAAUAACCAAACCACGUGGUUCUGUGGAGGCACGUUGAUAAGUCGUCGCCUCGUCUUAACAGCUGCUCACUGCUUUUAUUCGGAUGUGGGAUCCGUUAAUAUUGUGCGCCUAGGAGAACUUGUGUUCGACGACGACAAGGACGAUGCCGAACCGGAGGACUUUGAAGUUCUGGAAAGGAUGCUACACCCAGGUUUUCGGUACCCAGUUCUCUACUCUGACAUCGGCAUUAUCCGUCUGCGCGGGGAGGUCAUAUACAACCCAUACAAGCUGCCCGCUUGCCUGCCCUUAAGUAAUGGAGAUCUGUUGGAGUCCUUCACUGCCAUCGGAUGGGGACAGACGGGAUUUUCUCAGCUUGAGCAGUCCAAGGAACUGAGGAAGGUGGUUCUCCAAAACUAUGGAAACUCUUGCCGGAUAACAACAGAAGCAAACGAGGGCUUGCCCGAAGGAUACCGUCCAGCGUCCCAGUUGUGUGUCGGAUCGCCGGAACAUAAGGACACCUGUAAUGGGGACUCGGGUGGUCCGCUACUCAUCUCUCAUACCGGAGAUGGGUGCCAAUAUCAAGUCAUGGGAAUCACGUCAUUUGGAAUCGCCUGUGACACUCCAGACUUUCCCAGUUUAUACACGAGGGUGCACUACUUCCGAGAUUGGAUCAAAGGUGAAAGAGUAAGUAUAACAAGAAGCAAUGUCAAUCUGCAUUAUGUUUUAUACCUAUAUACGGUUAAUUUCUGCAGGGGAGAAGUUAAUGUUGUGCGAUUGGGAAACAUUGUUUAUGAAGUUCUUGAAACAAAGCAACAUCCAAGGUAUCAGUAUGGUGUGCUUUACAACGACAUUGGAAUUGUCCGAUUGAACAAGAGUGUAUCUUAUACCCGAUACAUUUAUCCCGCUUGUCUGCCAUUAAAUGAUGGAAACAGCUGUGAUUCCUUCACUGCAAUUGGAUGGUGUCAGACGGAUGUUGGACGAAUCGAGCAGUCCAGGGAACUGAUGAAAAUGAAGCUUCAGAACUUUGGACAAAGGUGUCGGGGCUUGUUGUGUGUUGGAUCGCCGGAGCCCAACGAAACCUGCCAUGGAGACUCGGGAGGUCCUCUGCUUAUUGACCAUUUGGAAACAGAUUGCCAUUAUCAAAUUAUGGGGAUCACAUUAGCAGGAUUAGGCUGUGGUACGCCCAGCCUUCCCAAUGUGUACACCAGGGUGCACUUUUAUCAAUAUUGGAUCGAGGAAGUGAUGGCUGACAAGAAUAUAACAAGCAAUACGGACUAAUUGCUCGAAAUAGGGACAUACACAAAGUC